UGAGGAGGAGACGACGCUGAAGUUUGUGAUGGCGCUGCUGAUGGAACCAGUCAGUAAAUGGAGCAGGAGGCAGGUGGUGGACUGGAUGAGAGGUCUGGAUGACUGCCUGCAGCAGUAUGUGAGUGUGUUUGAGCGUGGAGGUGUGUGUGGAGAACGUCUGCUCAGGAUCAGUCACGCUGAGCUGGAGGAACUGGGAGUUUCACGAAUCGGUCACCAGGAACUGAUUCUGGAGGCCGUGGACCUGCUGUGUGCUCUGAACUCAGGCCUGGAGACUGAGAGUGUACGAACUCUCGCUCACAAACUCGGAGCUUCGGCAAAAAACCUGCAGAACUUCAUCUCUGGCCGCCGCCGAAGCAGCCAAUCAGAGAGCAGGAACUCACGACGCUUGCCCAACGACCUGCUUACGUCAGUGGUCGACCUCAUCACUGCAGCCAAGAGUUUGCUGGCCUGGUUGGACAGGUCUCCAUUCGCGGCAGUGUCAGACUAUUCCGUCACCAGAAACAAUGUCAUUCAGCUCUGCCUGGAGCUCACCACUAUCGUCCAGCAGGAGUGUACUGUGUUUGAGACCGAGAACAAAAUCCUUCACGUGUGUAAAACUCUGUCGGAGGUUUGUGAACACAUCGUGUGUGUCUCUUCAGAUCCUCUGGUUUCACAGUCGGCCCAUCUAGAACUGGUCCACCUGACCAACGUCAAACCGUCCGAAGGCCUGGGAAUGUAUAUCAAGUCGACCUACGACGGUCUUCACGUGAUCACAGGAACCACAGAGGGGUCUCCGGCUGAUCGCUGUAAGAAGAUCCACGCUGGAGAUGAAGUCAUUCAGGUCAAUCAUCAGACAGUGGUGGGCUGGCAGCUUCGUAACCUGGUGGGCUCUCUGCGGGCAGAUAAAGGCGUCGUGUCUCUGACUCUGAAGAAACGACCUCAGAGCACACUGAGCUCUGCUCCUGCACUGCUGAAGAACCUGCGCUGGAAACCUCUGGCUCUGCAGCCAACCAAAAGUCCAGGCAGCAGCUCAGCCACGCCCACUGACACGCCCACUAAGACCUCUGCCCUCCCAGACCUGUACAUCCCUCCUCCACCCAUGGACCCGUACACACCCAGAGGCGAAACUGGAGCCUCAUCGGAAAACAAAAUGUUGCGUAACCACGGUAACAUGAGCAUCACUAAGAAUCGCUCUGAUUCCCCAAACUCUUUCCUGGACCAGGAUCCACAACCGGCGGAAGAGGAGGAUCUGGGGUACACAGCCACCUAUGGCAGGCUCAGGCCCAUCUCCAUGCCUGUGGAGUGUAACUGGGCUGGUGAUUACGAGGAUCAGACUAAACCCAGAAGACAUGGACGCGAUCACAGGGCCGGAUCUGAAGAUUACUCCUCCCACACGGCUCGUCCAGGUAAACGCUCCAAAGAAACCGCCAAAAGAGCCAAGAGGCGGAGCCACCACAGUCAGAGCCCCUCCCAUUACAUGAUGCAGACCAAUCAGAGGGACUCCCCACACAGGGAAACGGCCUCCGUUUAUCAGACGUUCCAGCCGUCGUCCUCGUCAUCAUCGUCCUCGCAGCAGAAGAGCAGGAAGAAGAACAAAGGACGGGCGCUGGCCUCGCUGAGUCGGAGGCGGGUCUCCUGUAAGGCUCUGGGCGGGGGCGACUGUGAAGGUUGGCUCUGGAGGAAGAGGGACGCUAAAGGCUACUUCUGUCAGAAGUGGAAGAAGUACUGGUUUGUCCUGAAGGAUAACUGCCUCUACUGGUACAUCAAUGAGGAGGAUGAAAAAGCUGAAGGAUUUGUCAGUCUUCCAGAGUUUAAAAUCGACCGGGCCAGUGAAUGUAGGAAAAAAUAUGCUUUCAAAGCCUGUCAUCCAAAGAUAAAGAGUUUCUACUUCGCAGCAGACAGAGUUGAUGACAUGAACAGAUGGUUGAGUCGUCUGAACACGGCAGCCGUGGGAUUUUCUGACAGGAGGCGACAGGACCAGGAUUACUGGAGCGAAAGUGAACAUGAAGAAGAAACGACCAGCUCCAGCCCAAAGCAGGGCAGUCCUCCGCCUCCGUAUGACUCCUACACACAACCUCCAUCACAUCAGGUCAACACACUCCUGGAAGGACGGACCACUCGUUUGUCGUCCACUGGGACGUCUCGUUCUCGAUCGUCUCAGGAGGACUUCCUGUGUAGUGAUCCACUUCUGACGGCAGCUGACCCGCAGUACCAGCCUGCUCCACCAGGAGUAGGCACCACUCACAGUGGGAGAAAAGCAGGUGGAAGCAGCAGCAGCGAUGUUCAGUUCAGAGGUGAAGCUGCGGAGUACCGUUCCAGCCCAGCGGGUGGCAGCAGUGAGACUGGGUCUCUGGGUCGGUCUUCUUCUUCUCAGAGACGUUCUUGGCAGGACCUGAUUGAGACGCCGCUCACUGAGGCCGGGCUGCACUUUUUACAAACUGGACCCUUAGAUGAUGCUGUCUUCGCUGAGCCUGAGCCAGCAGAUGGCGCUCUAACAACAGGAGGCGGAGCUAUGUUUACUGGAGCUGUUUACACACUUCCCGCUCAGAGGAACGUCCAGUUGCCUUUUGGAAUGCAGAGGUCGAUUCCCAUGGCAACGCAGGGCGGGAAACCCCGCAGCCUCACCCUGCCGAGAGAUGGGGAUUUGCACUCACUGCUGGCACGCAACGCUGACGGUGAAGGUGCGUCCAUCGGCGACAUGCUUCGAGCCUGUGAGCAGGGCGGAGUCUGGCCCUUAGGCUGUGGGGCCAAGGUCAAAGGUCAUUCAGAGUUCAGGCAGAUGUUCCUUAAACAAGCUGCGGACCCUGACCUCAAUGACAGACUGCACCGACUUAGGAUUCUGACGUCGACACUGAAGGACAGGGAGGGAGAACUGGCCAUGAUUGACAGGUUGUUGGCCACGCCUCAGAUGUCGUCGGCAGAGUUCCGAGUGUGGAAACAAGCCUAUCAGGAUUUGUUCUCUCAGGAGGCUCAGGACUCCGGCGCUGAACCAGAACCUGGUCCGGUACCGAUGGCGUCGCUGUCUCACACACACUCUUACAUCGAGACUCACGUUUGAUGUGUCGCGCACAAACACACGGCCGUCCUAUUGGACGAGGACGGCGGUGGUGGAGGUCAGUCAGCGGUGGACUUGGUCUGAUGUGUUUGUCCUUACGUCAGUCGACCCGCCUGAUUGGUCGAUCUUCUGCUGCUGAGUCUGAGACGGACGAGUUCUGCCCUCGACCAUAGGAACCAGUAGAACUGUCCUUGAUACAGUGCAGAUCACAGUGUCCCACGGCUUGAGCCUCAUCCACAGCCUUGUACGUCGUCCUUGUUGCAUUGCAGAACCAACAUGGUUAGAGCAUGGUCCAUGUUGUCCUUAGGACUGAACCUCUGCGGGGCGUUGAGUCGACCUGCGCGAUGUUCGUUAAGAGUUGUUAAGAUUUUCUUACACAAAUCGUCUCCUUGAUAACUUUGAACUGAAGACAGAAGGUCGGAGAACAGACGUCAAGGUUCCUCACUCAGAGCUGCGUGAUCCCACUCUGUUUAAUUUAAACAAAUGGACUGGAUGUUCAUGGCUCCCCCUACUGUUGGUCAUCUGAACUUCAGAGUUUAACUUAGUCAAGAUCCUGAUUCUUUUCACUCUUCUCCAGUUUUCAGUUUAAAUCUCUCUAAUGAGCAUCUUCGUCUGCUCACACCUGUACUGCAAUACAGUCGCCAUGACAACCACAAGUUAAAAAAAAAAAAAAACAACUGUAGAAGUGACACGAACGAGACCUAAAAAUAACCAGAAAACUGCAGGGUCAAGGAUUUUCCAGGGUUGACAUUCCAGCUUCUCUCUGUCCCGGAUUUAAUGUAGAGAAUAUAUAAAUUAAAAAAGUGUUUGUGUAGAAUUUUUAUUAUAGAUCUAAUAAAUCUCAUAUAUAUACGAAUGUAUUUAUUUUUGUGCUGCUUUUAAAUCAACACUGAGAUGCUGCACUAAAGUGACAAUAAGCACAAAAACAAAGGCAACGCAUUAUUACUAUUAUUAUUAUCAUUGAAUUUAUUAAUAUUAUCAUUACUACACUUGGUUUGAACGGCUGCCACCUGUGGAUCUAUAUAUAUAUCUAUAUAUAUAUAUAUGUAUAUCUUUAGAUAUUUCUCUGUAGACUGAAGAGGAACCAUCCACGUCUUGAGUGAUCUCCUCUCUUUCUGACAACACACCGAUAUAUUUAUUACCAAUUAUUGAUUGUUUAUUGUCAAAGCUCUAAUUUCUCUCUCUUUUCUCAAGUACUUUUGUGAUUUUUCUGCCUUUGUGGAUCAAUAAAGUCUGCUUCAGGUGGA